GCAAGCGCGCCUCCUCCAGUAGCCAGCUCCCGACUCAGACUCCCCCUCAGCAGCAGUGCCAGUUGUCCUCUGCCAGUGCUCGCUACCCGCCCAGAGAGGUGCCCCCGCGCUUCCGCCAGCAGGAGCACAAGCAGCUACUGAAGAGAGGCCAGCCAUUGCCUGCAGGAGCCCUCAGCGCUCUCACCCUCUCCUCCUCCUCUUCCUCCUCCUCAUCUUACUCUUCUUCUUCUACGAGUACCAGCAGCACUACCCCAAACUCUGCCACGUCCGCUGCGGGCAAACGCCACCCAGACAUAUCCCUCCAGAGUGGCCCUGGUGCCCAGUAUGAGACCUCUCAUUGGGGAGCAUCUUUGCCAGUUGACAGCUUCUCCAGUGCCAACAGUUGGGACAAAGUGAUUAUUGACGGAAGUGACACAGAAGCUUGGCCCUCCAUCAGCCGCAGUAGUGACAACAGCCACCCUGCAGCACCAGAAUGCCCCUUGGGCUCAGCUAGCUUUAACCAGGACACCAGUGCUAUCACUACCACCAGUAGUUGUAGUUUUCUGAGUAUGGCCACAGGUGCCGCAGGCCAGCAGGCCCACUACCCCUCUCUUAAAGCUAACAAUAACAUGAUGACGGGACCUGGGUCAGCCAACACACUAGCUGGUAAUAGAGGUUGGGGCUUGGAUGGGAAACAAGAUGGUAUCAAUGGUGGCCGAGUUGGAGCGCCCAAUAACUGGGGUUCUCCCAAUUUUAACUUGAACCUCAAUCCCAAUGCCAACCCAUCAGCCUGGCCUGUUCUGGGCCAUGAAGGUGGUGGAGGUGGUGGUAUUGGUCCCAAUGGGGUGUCCAACUCCUCAUCUCUCCCACCAGGUAUUAAUGGCAAUGGGAACAUGGGAAAUGGGAGCCUAGGAGGUGCGGAUAAUGGUGCGGGAGGUUGGGUUGGCAUGAUUAGUGCUAAUGAAAAUGAUCAACAACACCCUUCAACCAACACAAGCUUGUCCUUCAAUAUGGAACCUGCUAACCUUAACACUGAUGGACCAAACCACACUAAGCAACAGCAACAAGCUCAGGAGCCUAUGAGCCCUAUCCAUGGGUUAACUGGCUGGGGAGGCCAAUCACCCACCGAAUCAUCCCAGCUCAAUGGGGAUACAACAGGCAGCUCUGUAUGGGGUGGUGGAGAAACAAAGGCAGCUGACUCCCCCAAGGACUCAGGCUGGGACUCAACUCCUUCUGGAGGCCUUUCUGCCUGGGGCCGACAAGGCAGUGGUGGAGGGAGUAGUGGAAGUGGUGGCUGGGGUGACUGGGGAAAAUCUUCUGGGGGUGGAGAUGGAUCUAAAGGUUGGGACUCAGUAGAUGCUGGUAGUUCAGGUUCAGGCCAAGAGCAGCAACUUAGUUCAUGGGGCCAGCAGCCUGGAACAGCCCCAGCAAGUGAGGGUAGUGGGGACAGCAGUGAAGGUCGAUCCCACAGAGACAGGUCUUCCAGCAUGGAAUUCGCCCCUCUGCUACCCCGGCAGGACCUGGACCCUAGGGUGCUGAGCAACUCGGGUUGGGGACAGACCCCCAUCCGACAGCACACUGUAUGGGAGAUGGAAGAAGCCAACUCUGAUGAUGGGAAGAGCAACAGCAGCUCAGACACCAUAGGAGGCUCCAGUUCCAAUGGUGGACCCUCAUCCACUAAUGGAGGUACCAUCAACCCUAGCAUUGGCUCCAGUCAGAGGUCUGCAUCUGGAGGAAAGGGUGACAGUGACGGAUCAUCACCCUCUGGCUGGGGACCCCCUCCACCUCAGCCAAUCCAGACUGGAUCAGGAUGGGGAGAACCGCAACAGUCACUCAGCAAAGCCCCAAAUGGUACUACCAGUGGCUGGGGAGAGCCUUUGCCUACCAAUGGUCCUAAGAAUGGGGGCACACCAUCGUGGGGUUCUGAGGACAAGUCACCCAGUUGGGAUGAUGGCCUAACAAAAAAACAGCCUACUAACUGGGGAGAAGGCCCCAAAAGCUCCCAUGGUUGGGGUAACAGUAAUGGGGGCUCCAAUGGAUCCAACACAGGGGAAUGGGGAGAAGCAGAGGUCAAGAACAAUGGGUCCUCCAGCAGCAUGUGGGAAGGAGAAGGAGGGAAUGCAGGAAAUGGUGGAUGGAAGGAAAGCCCUAGAGGAGGAAAUAGAGGAGGAGGCUGGGGUAAGCCUGCUCCUGCUGUGACUAAUAGCAGCUGGGGGGAUAACUCACGUGGCAAUGGCCCAGUGCAGGGAGGCUGGGGCUCUUCCAAGCCCCAGGAAAGCAGCAGCAGCAGCACUGGCAGUGGAGGGGGUGGUGGCAUUGGUUCUUGGGGUGGUCCUGGUUCUGUGAAACAAAACCCCUCUGGCUGGGGCAAUGUCAGCAAACAGGACCAGGGCAUGGAGCCCACUGGCUGGGAAGAACCCUCCCCUCCCUCUAUCCGCAGGAAGAUGGAGAUUGACGAUGGAACAUCCACCUGGGGUGAUCCCAACACCUACAACAAGACUGUCAAUAUGUGGGAUCGCAACAAUCCCAAUAAUAACCCAGGCAACAGCGGCCCACCUCCUAGUAAAAAUGGUGGAAUGAUUAUGCCCAAUAAUAACAACAAUCACUCUGUCGGCCCUGGGAACAACAAUCACCAUCACAGUCACCACAUGCACCACCAUCCCCAUCAUGGCCAGCCCCCAACUCACCUGCAACACCAUGGAAACAACAAUGGGUCACCCAACAAUGCCGCCUCACAUCCAGGUGCUGGUCCCCAGGGUAGAUCCCCCCUCGCCAACCCAGGUUGGGGAGAGCUUCCUAGUGUUCAGCCCAAGUCAGAGCCUGCUUGGGGAGAGCCAGCUGCUCCAACAUCAACUGUGGACAAUGGCACCUCUGCAUGGGGCAAGCCACCAGGGGGAGUGGGAGGUUGGGGAGACAGCAGCCACGAGCCCUCUGGACCCUAUGGCAGGACCAACGGACCCCCAGGUUCUGCACCCUGCAAACCAGGCCCCAAACCUAUGCAAGAUGGCUGGGGAAAUGGAGGAGAGGAGAUAGGCAUGUCUACUGGCCAAUGGGACACUGAGGAUGGGGACAUGUGGAACAGCCCCACCUCCCAGGAGAGCAGUUCUUCGUGCAACUCCUGGGGAAAUGGACCCAAGAAAGGCCCAAGCAAGGGGAAGAUGGGCAACAAGCCAGAUGAGGCCUGGAUCAUGAACCGUCUCAUCAAACAGCUCACUGACAUGGGAUUUCCGAGAGACCCUGCUGAGGAGGCUUUGAAAAGCAACAACAUGAACCUUGACCAGGCCAUGAGCGCCCUGUUGGAGAAGAAGACGGACCUGGACAAGCGGGGCAUGGGCAUGUCUGAUUACAGCAACGGCAUGAACAAGCCCCUGGUGUGUCGGCCCUCUGCACUCUCCAAAGACCCCUCUGACCGCAACAACUUUCUUGACAAAGAUGGUGUUCUGUCAGAUGACACCCCCCCAUCACCGUUUCUGCCUUCCCCCAGCCUGAAGCUCCCCCUGGCCAACAGUAGCCUUCCUGGGCAGGGUCUGGGACAGGGCAACCCGGGGCUGGCCAUGCAAAACUUGAACAACAGACAGAUACCCAGUGGAAUGUUUGGCAGUAGUGGAGCAGCACAAACCCGGGCCAUGCAGCAGCAGCCUCCUCAGCCACCUGUGCCACCUCUCAGCUCCUCCCAGCCUAGUCUACGUGCUCAAGUGCCUCAGUUUCUCUCCCCUCAGGUCCAAGCACAGCUCUUGCAGUUUGCAGCAAAAAACAUAGGUCUGAACCCUGCACUUUUAACCUCACCAAUAAACCCUCAACAAAUGACCCUGUUGUACCAACUUCAGCAACUGCAAAUGGCGUACCAGCGUUUACAAAUCCAGCAGCAGAUGAUGCAGGCGCAGCGCAAUGUUUCCGGGCCCAUUAGACAACAAGAGCAGCAAGUUGCACGUACAAUCACCAACAUGCAGCAGCAGAUCCAGCAGCACCAGCGUCAGCUGUACCAGGCGCUGCUGAUGAAGCAGCAGCAACUUCCCUCUCAUUCCUCCUCCUCUUCCUCCUCCACUGGUUUGCAUCCCCCUGGUGGCCUCGCCGGAGGCCCUGGAUCCGGCAAAUCAACCCUGGACCCUUUCACAGGCCCACACCAGGCUCCGGGCCUUGCCGACACACUGCACACCAAAGAGCCGCCAUCUUCGCCCAACGCCUACAGCACCUACCCUCUCUCUGGACUGAAUCCAAACAUGAAUGUAAACUGCAUGGAGGUUGGGGGUCUGUCCCUGAAGGAACCCCCUCAGCCCCAAUCCCGCCUGUCCCAGUGGACACACUCCAACUCCAUGGACUCUGGCAACUCCUCAAACAUGGAGAACAACCUCAAUAAGCAUGGUGCCAUAUCUGCUGCCUCUACCCUGGGCCCCCCUGGGAAGCCCCCCCAACUGGAGGACUCAUACAGCCCUUACAAUCUUAUAUCCAGCUCUGAGUCCCCCACCAGCCCCUUGGUGCCCCCAGACAGCUGGGGCCAGGGCAAGAGCCCCAGUGAAAAGAUCUCUAAUGGGACCAACAUUAACUGGCCCCCAGAGUUCUGCCCAGGUGUGCCAUGGAAGGGCCUUCAGAACAUCGACCCUGAGAAUGACCCCAACAUGACCCCUGGCAGCGUUCCCAGCGGUCCCACCAUCAACACCAACAUCCACGAUGUCAACCGAUACCUGCUGCGGGACAGAAAUGGAGCCACUUCCCCAGCUCCACCACUUCAGAAUGGCUCUCUGCCUCCAACCAGCAGUGACUGGCCAGUCAGUGACUACUCUAGCUCUUUCAGUCUGUCAUCCUGUGAUGGGGACAGCUCAGGUAAACUGUCUGACAUGAAGUCCACCUGGUCCCCAGGGCCCAUCUCCCAGAGCCAAGGCUCUCUGUCCCAUGAGCUGUGGAAAGUCCCCCAGGGACCUCGCAACUCCGUGGCACCUUCUCGGCCCCCACCAGGCCUCACCAACACCAAGCCCUCCUCCACAUGGGGCGGUAACUCACUGGGUCUGGCCCAAGGCUGGAGCGGCUCCUACUCCUCUGAGGGAGCCACCUGGAGUACUGAAAGCUCUACCAGGACCAGCAGCUGGCUGGUGCUGAGGAAUCUCACCCCACAAAUUGAUGGUUCAACUCUGCGGACCCUGUGCAUGCAGCAUGGCCCCCUGAUCACAUUCCACCUCAACCUGACCCAGGGUAACGCCGUGGUGCGCUACAGCUCCAAGGACGAGGCCGCCAAGGCCCAGAAGUCUCUGCACAUGUGUGUGCUUGGAAACACCACCAUCCUGGCAGAGUUUGCCGGCGAGGAGGAGGUGAACCGCUUCUUUGCACAAGGUCAGUCGCUAGGGGCAAACACCACUAGCUGGCAGGCCAACCCCGGAACCAAUCAAAACCGGAUGGGCGGGGCAGCGCAGUCCCACUCAAUUGGCCAGUGGAGCAACAGUGGCGGUGGAGGCAAGGCCAGCGGAGGUGACCUGCUGUGGGGCGGGGUGCCCCAGUACUCUAGCCUGUGGGGACCGCCGAGCGGAGAGGACGCCCGUGUGAUCGGAAGCCCCACCCCCAUAAACACCCUUCUGCCUGGAGAUCUGCUGAGUGGGGAGUCCAUGUAGGAUGAUGCCACAAUACACUAACCAACCAACCAACCAACCCACCACCACCACCAUCAGUGGAGGGUGGGGUGGGGAAAAAAAUAACAAAACAUACAAAAAAAAAUUUCAAUAUGAACAGGAGCAAAACCCAAGCAAAUCAUGUGGUGAUAAUCAGUAUCAAUUUGAACCUUUUUGAACUGUGAAUUGUGAUUCAGAAGGAGGGGGUCCCCACCACACAGACUGCAGACUCCAGUCCUUCUGUUUUACUUUUGUAGUUUUUAUUUUGGUUUGGUUUACCUUUUUUGGGAAAAAAAGCACGUUUUUUUUU